UAUUAAUUUACUAAAUGCAUAGGUUUGUAGUAUGAACCUUCUACUUACUACCUAUAUAAUCUAAUAGCAUUGUUAAAUACUGUAUUAAUUUCGCAGUGUCGUCUCAAACAUUUAAGCUAUGUCAUUAAUAAUUAUAUUUUAAUAAUACUUUUGGUUUUCUCUCAUUCACAUUGAAUUACGAUACAUAAUGCAAAGUAUAAGUCAGUUUCAGUUUUAUUUUAUUUACACGUUAUUAUAAUUUAUAGCUAUUUUUAAUAUAAUUUCACACAAAAAACUAUAAUGGCCGAUGAUUUGUGCAGUAUUGAUUCGUGGGGUUUGCCUGUCCAAAUUGUAGAAAACUAUAAAAAACGAGGUAUUGUAUCAAUGUUUCCUUGGCAAGUGGAAUGUCUAACGAGUGAUGGUGUUUUGGAUGGACGCAAUUUGGUAUACUCAGCACCUACAUCAGCUGGAAAAACAAUGGUAGCUGAAUUAUUAACAAUGCAGACAGUACUAGAAAGAGAUAAAAAAGUUUUAAUAAUCCUUCCAUUUGUAUCAGUUGUACGAGAAAAAAUGUUAUAUUUCCAAGAAUUAUUUGAAGGAACAAACAAAAGAGUUGCUGGAUUUAUGGGCAGUUAUACUCCAACAGGUGGAUUACGUUCUGUAAAUAUUGCUAUUGCUACUAUUGAAAAAGCUAAUGGUUUAAUAAAUCGCCUGAUGGAGGAGGAUGGAUUGCAAGAUGUCGGUUGUAUAGUUGUAGACGAACUACAUAUGCUAGGGGAUUCAAAUAGAGGCUACCUACUAGAAUUAUUGCUAACAAAAAUUAAAUACAUGUCUAAAAUAAGAAGUAAUAUAACGAUUCAAAUUGUUGGUAUGUCUGCUACAUUGCCAAAUUUAGAAAUGCUUGCAAAAUGGUUAGAUGCUACACUAUAUCAGACAAAUUUUCGCCCAGUUCCUUUAAAGGAAUAUUUAAAAAUUGGAAAAAAUGUUUAUAAUGCCAACAGUCUUUCUUUAAGUCACACAAUUGAACCCAGUGUUGCAAUUAAUAAUGAUCCAGAUGAUAUAAAAUAUUUGUGUAUUGAUACAAUUCUUCAAGGAUAUUCAAUAUUAAUAUUUUGUUUCACAAAAAAAUGGUGCGAAUCUUUAGCUCUUGAAAUUGCUUCUGAAAUUAAACGAUUAGGUGGAGUUAAUAAAUCAAAAGUUGGAAUUGAUUUACGGAAUCAAUUAAAUGGUGAAAAUUUAGGAGAUGUAUUGGAGCAGCUUAGGAGAUGUCCCGUUGGUCUUGAAACUGAUUUAAGUAAAACCAUUUCUUUUGGUGUUGCUUUUCAUCAUGCAGGUCUUACAAUGGACGAAAGGGACAUAAUCGAAGGUGCAUUCAAGCAAAAUAUAGUGAGAGUAUUAAUUGCCACAUCAACUUUAUCCUCUGGUGUCAAUUUGCCUGCACGAAGAGUGAUUGUAAGAUCACCACAUUGCCAUGGAUUUCCUAUUGAUAUUUUACAGUAUCGACAGAUGAUUGGACGUGCUGGUCGUAUGGGUGUUGAUACUGCUGGAGAAAGUUAUUUAAUAUGUAAUGAGAAUGAACGACAAAUGGGUGAAGAAAUUGCUACUCAAAAUCUUCCUCCAAUUAAAAGUUGUUUAGGAGUUGGAGAUUUUUCUAACUGCUUAAAACGGGCACUAUUGGAAGUAGUUGCCGGUUGUAUUGUUUGUACCAUAGAAGAAGCUUUUGAGUAUAUUAAGUGUACAUUACUUUAUAUAUCUAAUGGUGAAAACUUAAAUGAAACUCAAAUCCAUGAAUGUCUAAAAUUAUUAAUUGAACAUCAAUUUGUAAGAGAAAGUGACAAUAAAUUAGCUCCCACUAAUUUGGGUCAAGCUUGUCUUGCUGCAUCUGUUACACCUGAAAUUGGUCUAAAAUUGAUUAAAGAACUAGAUAGAGCAAGACAAAAUUUUGUCCUUGACUCUGAACUUCAUUUACUUUAUUUAAUUACACCAUAUUCAGUGAGUGAUCAGAUUGGACAUUUGGAUUGGUUUAGAGUUCUAGGAGUGUGGGAAAAGUUACCAAAUUCUAUGCGUAAAGUAGGAGACAUGAUUGGUAUUGAAGAAGGAUUCAUUGUUAAAGCAAUGACUGGAACCAGUUUUAGUACAUCUUCAGACAAACAUAAAUUGGCUGUUCAUAGACGAUUUUAUACAUCACUUCUACUGUAUGAUUUAAUAAAUGAAGUGCCCAUUAACACUGUAGUUUUAAAAUAUGGUACAUCUAAAGGUCUUUUGCAAAGUCUUCAACAAUCAUCUUCUACUUUUGCUGGCAUGGUAACUCAGUUCUGUAAGAGACUUGGUUGGUCCUCCUUAGAAUUGUUAAUAUCACAAUUUUCUGAAAGACUACAGUUUGGUGUACAGAGACAACUUGUUGAGUUGUUACGAUUGGACUGUCUAAACUCAAUUACUGCUCGAGCAUUGUAUAAUGCAGGAAUACAAAAUAUUCCUGAACUAGCAUUAGCUGAUUUGCGAUUAGUACAGCGUACCCUUACUAAAGCAAUUCCAUAUCAAAAUAAUGUGAAUAAUAAUAAUACUGAUGAUGAAGAUUUACGAAAAAAUAUUUGGUUGGCUGGACGUUUUGCUCUUAAUGAAAAAGAAGCUGCUAUAUUUAUUAUAAAUGAAGCAAGACAUCUUUUGCAGAGAGAACUUGGUCUUAAAUCAGCAAGUUGGGUUGAUAACAACAAUGAAGAAGAAGAUUUAGAUACUACUGUGAAGAUACGUCCUACGUCAAGAGAUGUUACAGUAAUUGAAAAUAGUCAAGAAAGUAACAAUUCAGCGAAAUCUUUAGUAAAUGUUUCUAUUCAAAAUUUAUCAAAUUCAUCAAAAAGUGAUGAGUUAUUUGGUGAAUCUGAUAGUGUAAUCAUUAAAACAGAAGAAGUUACUAACAAAGAUUAUAAGAGAGAAAGCUUGGAUCUUUUUGAAGGGUCAUUUGAACAUACUAAAUUUAGUAUUACUGUAAAUGUUUGUCAAAAUUAUAAUUCAGAUAAUCUAAGUAAUAAAUCAAUUAGUGAUUCAUAUUUAGCCGAGUUGAUCAAGAUACCAAAAGAACUAGAAGAGAAAUGGGAUUGUAAUAUUGGUGGAGAAAUUAUUUUAGAAAUGAGUCAAAGAGAUGUUGGGUCCAAAAAACGUAAAAGAGAAGAAGACUCUCAAACUGAUAAUGGUAGUUUAAGUGAUAUUUUCAUAGAACCUCUACCAAAAUUAAAAAAAAUUGAAGAACCCUCAACAAGUUGCAGUAAAAUUCCUGAGACAAGUAAUUAUUUUGAAAGUACAAUGUUUCCAGAUUCAUUAAGAAUUGAUACUCAGCUUGAUCAACUAUUGAAUAGUAAUGGAAAAAUGAAUACAACUUUGAAUAAAAUAUCUACAGAAAUGAGUAAAACUGUAAUACAAAGGGCAUUUCAAAAUUCUUUUAAUUCAAUGUCAAAUACGAUAAUAUCUCCUAAAAAGAGUAAUGAUGUUAUCAUGACAUGUAAUGAUUUAACUAUAUCUGACUCUGAAGAUAUGAUUGCAGGAUCCCAAGACACUUCAUCUAGUGGACCAUCUCCUCGCAAAGAAUCUCCAAUUAAAUCUAAUGCUAAUGCCAACUCAAAAUUUGACACAUUGGCUUAUAAAACUAAACUAAUGGAAAAUAUUGAUUUGUUUGCCCGAGAUCAUUUUCCAGAUAUUAAACGCAGAAAAGAAAUAACAUUAGCUUUAAAUGUAUCUAAAGAAAUUAAUACAGAACAUAAAAUUGGUGCUAGAAUUGUUAGACGAAGUUUAGGAAAUAAUAAAAAUACAAAAUUAUCUAAAUUUAAUGACCAAGUAUUGAAUGGAUUUGCUAUUACGUGGUAUAAACAAACAGUUGUGCAUUAUGUAGAUUUUAAUAAGACUGGCCAAUCUGGUUUAAGUUUAUUGAAAAAGCUGUUAUCCAAUAAAAAUUUAACUGUUAACAUAACUGAUGCUAAAUUAAGUUACAAAAUUAUCUCUCAAUGUUGCAACAUCAAUCCUGUUUGCAAAUUCAGAGAUCCUUUUGUUGCUGAUUGGUUAAUAAACGGUCAACAAAAAAAUUCAUUGGAUAACUUGAUUCAAUGGAAUUUAAACUUCCAAGGAAAUAUACAAACUAAUGAUGCAGUUUUUAAUGCAUUUAUCACCCAUAAAUUAAUGUCAAGUUUAAGACAUCAGCUUAAAAAAAUAUAUAUUUAUAAAACAUUUAAAGAUAUAGAGAUGCCUAUACAAAUUAUAUUGGCAAAAAUGGAAUUGUAUGGCUUUGGUUUUAACAAAGAAUAUUUGGUAGAGUUAAAUGAUACAGUAAAUAAGCUAAUGGCUAAUAUUUCUAAACAAGGGUUUGAACAAUCUGGAAUCAAGUUUAACAUGCAAUCCAAAUUAGAAUGGGCUAAAGUAAAAAAAAAACUGAAAUUAACUGAUAGCUCACCACAUUUAUUAGUUGAAUUGGUUCACAAUUGGCGAAAAUUAAGUUGUCUUAGAAACACUCAUAUAAAUAUGUAUUUAAAAGAACAGAAUGAUCGUGUUUAUUGUGAUAGCAAUACAUAUUCUAAUACUGGUAGAAUAAGUAUGCAUGAACCCAAUUUACAAAAUAUACCUAAAGACUACAUAAUUGAGAAUGAAAUAUUAAGUUUAAGAUCAGCAUUUGUGCCUAAAUCAGAUCAAACACUGGUAUCGGUAGAUUUUUGUCAAAUUGAACUACGUAUACUUGCACAUUUAUCUAAGGAUUCAAUAUUGUUAUCUGCUCUUACAUCUCCUGGUGACGUUUUCAUAAAUUUAUCAUCCAAAUGGCAUAAUAUCCCAGAGAUUGAGGUAUGUGAUGAACUCAGGCAAAAAACCAAACAAGUUUGCUAUGGUAUGUUGUACGGAAUGGGUGCAGUAGCUCUAAGUGAAACUUUGAAUAUUACUCAAGAUGAAGCACAUAAACUAAUAUCAGAGUUCAAAAGUACAUUUCCUGGUGUUAACAAAUAUUUUAAUGAAUGUCUGACACAAUGCAGAUCAAUGGAGUUGGUAAAGACAUUGAGUGGACGAAUUAGACAUUUUCCAGAUAUUAAUAGUAAAGUACCAAAGAUAAAAUCUCAAGUUGAACGUCAAGCAAUUAAUACAAUUAUUCAAGGAAGUGCUGCUGACGUUACAAAAAUGGCAAUGAUUAAACUCGAUAAAAUUAUUAAUCAAGGUAUUUUUAAUUCACGAGUACAUUUAGUUAUGCAUUUGCACGAUGAACUAAUUUUUGAUGUUGAAAAUACAGUUCUUGAUGAAGCUUGUUCAACAAUUAUCAAAACAAUGGAGUCUGCGGUUAAUCUAUGUGUACCUUUACCAGUGAAAUUGAGAAAGGGUUCUUCAUGGGGUGAUUUAAAAUAAUGAUCUCAUUUUUACAGUUUAUUAUUGGCAGAUUUUUUAAUAAAUAUAAAUAUUUAUU